UCUAACUGGUGCCUUGAAGAAAAUAAAAGAUCUCGAAAGUGUCUUAAUGACAACCGAUGGCCUCAUAUUGACAAGACAGCUGGUUGCCUUGCAGAGGGCAGGCCUUGACGGUCUGAACAUCAGCUUAGACACCCUGCAGUCCCAACGCUACAACCAGAUCACGAGGAGGAAAGGCUGGGAGCGUGUCAUGGCUGGCAUAGAUCUAGCCUUGCAACUUGAAUACGACCCUGUGAAGAUAAAUUGUGUUGUAAUGCGAGGUUUUAAUGAAGAUGAAGUGUGCAGUUUUGUGGAGUUAACAAAAGAGAAAAAUGUUGAUGUAAGAUUUAUCGAGUACAUGCCUUCCAGCGGCAACAAAUGGAAUGAUGGGAAGAUGGUCUCAUUUAGUGAAAUGCUCCAAAUAAUUAGAAAGCAGUGGCCUGAUUUUGAUCCUCUUCCCAAUGGGCCCAAUGAUACCUCAAAGGCAUACCAUGUCCCGGGCUUCAAGGGACGUGUGGGAUUUAUUACCUCAAUGAGUGAACACUUCUGUGGCACGUGCAACCGUUUACCGAUAACAGCUGAUGGCAAUUUGAAGGUGUGUCUCUUUGGGAAUUCAGAGAUAUCUCUCAGAGAUGCAAUACGAAGCAAAUGCAGUGAGGAUGACUUGCUUGCCAUGAUUGGGGCAGCAGUGAGAAGAAAGAAGAAACAACAUGCAGGCAUGAUGAACCUGUCAAAGAUGAAGAAUCGGCCAAUGAUUCUUAUUGGAGGAUAACAAAUGUGCGUGGCCGCGCACUAGCGCGCCACAAGCGUGACGCAGUUCGCCGCCGGACGCGAGCCGAGGAGGGUCCGCGAUGCAGUCACGCUCGCCGCCACCGCCGCCGCCGCUGUCCGUAGCUGCCACGGGUCACCGCCUGCGCCAGGGUCCGGAGUGUGGCCCUCGCGCCGCCCCGCCGUCGCAGCUGUCCGUGCUGUCGCCCGCCGCCUGCUGCGCCCACGCGUGAUCAACGCGCCUGCCGCCGCUCGUCGACACCGCCGCCGUCCGUCGUCUGCACGCCACCAAAUAAUUGUUUCAGUGUGCUGUGCUCCGGUGCCCCUCAUCAUCGCCUGGGUACCCACCACCACUGAUACCGCUGACACACAUUCACAGCAUGGCGCCGCCCCACUGCCGUCGCACCAACUUCACAAGUUUGUUAUUCAAGAGCCUUCCUUCAGGCCCUUCAGGCCACUUUGUAACAUUUGCACAUAUUAAUAUCACUAUGUUAUGCGACCCUUCAUAAUGAUCAUAUAUUUUUUAAAUGGAAUAAUCGAUUAGAAUAAGCUCAUUCAUUUUCAUCCAGAGAGCCUUCUUCGGAAGGGGAAAGGAUGUGCAGGGAGGAGACCCCCAAGAGGGAUCAUUGCCGACAAAAUUUUAUUUAAAUAAAUUUUCAAUGCAUAAUGUUCGGCCGUAGCCGGCUUGGGCAUACUGUGGUGGAAGGUGCUGGCCGGAAGACCAUGGUCGGCACAUUCCUGCCACGUGCUCCUCGGUCAGACUCAAGUCCCACGGGUUGGUUGCGCUGACGGGAGCACGCUACUAGCAAGCCGCGUUGGCGGAAUCAAUCCUCCAAUCAGAGACUAAUCGUGUGAUCACGUGGGGACGCGGCCGGGAGCGGCGAGGGCGACUUGGAAACAGCUCCGCGCUCUCUUAGCUUCUGACCUCGGCCCCGAGUAGUCGCUCCUCUAGCCUCUGCCUCUCUGAUGAGCAGACGGCAACCCCUCUUGGGGCUGCUCAGCCCUACGUAGGCACCACUGCACCAUCAUUACAAGAAUAAACUGGGUCCAUUCCACUCAAUUAA